AAUGCGACAAAUUCAAUACAGUGCUUUGUAAACGGUUCAUUGCGCCGUAUUCGUUUCAUUUCUUAACACGUUUGUCAAUAGUCUCACGACAUUGAUUUACGGUUAUAGUUCCAUUGUUACUCAAUAGAUGGAAGCAUUGUGCGCCAACAGAAGACGCCGGAGGCAGAGUAAAUAGAGCGGGGAUCAAUUUUUUGUACGAAGCAACGGUUUUAUAGCCAUGUGGUCAUGCCUGUAGCAAGCUCGAAUGUAAUGUACUGAAGAACUUCGCUGUGCCUUUGAAAGAGAAUUGAUUAUUUACUUCGACGAACGCGACAGUAGUGCUUUGCGAUAUCCGUACCUUUUUUUUUUUCCUCCCUCGCUGGUGUUCUGUCAGCAGUAGCGCUUCGCUUGACGUAAUAACAUUGAGUUACCUCGUUUGACAUGCUUGAUGUGUCGGACGUUCAUAUAGAUGCUUCCAGCGUUUUGGAUGUAAAAAAAACAUUGUCUAACAACAUGAUAGAUGUUAGAGCUUGCAAUAAACCAGUAGAGAAGUUGUGAGUACUUUGCUUGCUCCCCCCAGUAGUAUGUUGUUCUAACGCACUUGGCAGUCUAGCAAGAGCGUGUGGAUACAAUGACAAACACUCAGCUGUGGUUUCGUGGUGUGCGGAGCUCCAAGUUCCGCCACGUGUACGGAGCCCCGGCGAAACGCGAGCACUGCUACGAAAACAUCAAGAUAACGAAAAAUGCACACGAUGGCCAUUUCUGCGCAGUCAACCCGAAAUUUGUCGCCGUCGUUACGGAGGUUGCAGGUGGGGGCACUUUUGUUGUGCUGCCAAUUUCUGAGACUGGUCGCUUGGAUUUUAAUACCAGCAGGGUAACAGGCCACAGGGGUCCUGUCCUCGACAUUAAGUGGAAUCCUUUCAACGACAACAUAAUUGCAUCAUGUUCUGACGACUGCACGGUGAAGCUGUGGUACAUACCCGACAAUGGACUGGCCACACACCUCUCCGACUGGAUCGUGGACCUGCACGGGCACAAACGCCGUGUCGGCUAUAUCGAGUGGCACCCGACAGCAGAGAACAUCCUCGUCAGUGCAGGCUUUGACCACCUGAUGAUUGUCUGGGACGUGGGGAGCGGCGAUGCGGUAAACGUGAUAGACUGCCAUCCCGACGUCAUCUAUUCCAUGUCGUUCAACCGUGACGGCUCGCUCAUCGCAACGACGUGCAAGGACAAGAAGCUCAGGGUCAUCGAGCCACGGAAAGGCAUAGUGUUUUCGGAAGGGGUAUGCCACGCAGGUACCAAGGCGUGCAAGGCAGUGUUCCUGGGCAACACGGGCCGCAUCCUGACUACGGGCUUCUCCCGCCACUCGGACCGGCAGUAUGCCGUGUGGAGCCAGAGUGACCUGUCCCAGCCGCUCUGCAUAGAGACCAUCGACAGCUCCUCGGGGGUGCUGUUCCCCUACUACGACCACGACACCCGUGUGCUGUUCCUCGCAGGCAAGGGAGAUGGCAACAUCAGGUACUACGAGGUGGUUGACCAGGCCCCAUGGCUGCAUUAUUUGAACCAGUUCCUGUCUGGAUCUCCCCAGCGUGGCUUGGGAUUUAUGCCAAAGAGAGGCUGUGAUGUUCACCAGUGUGAGAUUUUCCGGUUCUACAAGCUUCAUGCAACAAAGGGGAUGUGCGAGCCAAUUUCUAUGAUAGUACCUCGCAAGAGCGACCAGUUCCAGGAUGACCUGUACCCGGACACGGCAGCUCCAACACCGGCGCUCUCUGCUCAGGAGUGGCUGAGUUUCAAGAACAGGAACCCGGUGCUGAUGUCAAUGAAGACAGGUGAAAAGUCAACAAAAGCCGCCGAAGACACAGUGUGCCCUUUCCAGGACUGUAAAGGUGUGACAGUACACACGCACAAACCUCGAGUCCGUCAGCCGCGGGACAACGUGCUCCCCAUGGCUAACAACAACAACAGCCGCAAAUUUGCCUUCCUCUCCCAAGAGACGGUGCCAGACUACCGGCCCAUCGAUGUUAAGGUUAGCCCUCCUACAGAGAAGAGCCAGAAGACGGAAAGCAACCAAACCACAAAAUUCCAGCAGCUGCAACAGAUGUUUGCAAACAGAGCAUCUGGACAGCCAAAUAAUAACUUGUUGAAUGAAGAAUACAAACGAUCGUCAGAGGAGAGGGAUGAAGUCAUCGCUUUGGAUGGAAGUCCAAAGUCUCAAAACCAGUUGCAGCGGGCGUACUCUAGGCAGUGUGAAGAGCUCAAACUUCUUAAGAAGCAGUUGGCAAACCGUGAGAGGCGCGUCUCGGAGCUGGAAGAGGAAGUGCAGCGGCUGCGCAAGGCGCUCGGCAAGUAGAGACGUGCAGCGAGGAGCUGUGGAUUGGAAGCUUUCGAUGUUACCAGGGGGGUCCUGGCGAUCCCCUGCUUAAUGUUUUUAAGCUGUUUUAACACUAUUUACAUUUAAUGACCUAGCUUUGACUAGGUGAAGAGGCAAUGGACUGCAUUAGCUUAUCAACGUUCCUGUCACUAUUACACGGGCUGUUUUGUAAGUGCUGAAGAUGAGUGACAAAUGUUGGGCACUUAAACAGAGCUACAUUCUGCUUCUCACACGUUUUGGAGGAAGCUAGCAGAACAUUGCCAGCAAAGCCAUAUUCUUGGUGCACGUGCGCACACAUUCAAUCAGUUCGAGAGUAGUGUAAUGUUAGUGUUUCGGCGAUAUUCCUAGCUGUGUUGCUUUGCUGUAACAAAGUUUCUUAUGAUGUGCAAGUAACUGUUCUAGUAUUACAUUUUUGAUAACAGUGAAUUGAAAGAAGUGAGUCACAUCAUUUAUGUUAAUUUCUAACUCACUACACGUGGAGUAAAUUAAAAAUACUGUUUAAAUGUCUGUAUGGAUCAUAUGAAACAAUUUUUUUGUAAUUUGUUUUUGUUAUUCAUGUCUUGACAUGUGGUGUCCUUUUCGUACAGUGCCAGGAGUUCUGGAAGACUUUCUUGCCCCCUUGUAAUGAAAAGUUGCUUUGUAAUAGUCUACCCAAAUAGGAAUAACCAGUAAAAAUGUUUGUAGGUUACAUGUAUGAUUUGUAAUAUUAUUGGGAUUUAUUUCAUCUGUAACUAAUAGUAUAUCCCUCGUACUAAAUUCAUACCAUUACUACUUGAUGUACUUAAAUAAUUUUGUACACAAGAUACCUAAAAGGAAAAAGAAACAACUGUGUUGGAAUAAAAAGUGUUGAUACUUGAAAGAUAUUAAGGAGAGGUACAGAAAAACAAUAGCUCUGUUAAUCUUAAGUUUUUGUUCAUGUAUUUAAACUCGAAUCGGUUUUUUUCAUUACUUUUUUUAUAAAGAACAAUUUUAAAAAAUCCACUUAAAGAAUUAAUUCUACAGCUGUCAUAAAUUGAAUUGUACGAGAACACUAUUAACCAAAAAACUUACAAUUGUGUAAAUGUGGAUUUUAUUCUUCCUGACAAUAGCUUCAGCUAUUUUCAUAUCUCCCAAUGUUAAUAUUCUUAAUCAUAAAAAUUAUUUAACUGUGCAGUAUGUUGGCAAGAAAUUUGUGUGAAACUGCUUGGAAGGAAAUCUUUAUCAUUUGGCAUUUUAGCUCAGGCUGACGACCUUAAAACGUAGCAUUUUUCCUACCAAAAUAAAUGAUACAGCCGUGAGGUAGGAAAAAUAUAACUACUGAAAUUCCCAAAUUAUUCUUGUGGAUUGUUGUGUAAAAUAAUUAGUUAUUGUAUUUCAUUGGGUGCAGUUAAAUUGCAAGCAGGUGCUUGAUUUAUUUGCACUGUUAAAUUACCUUUUUCUGCAUAAUUGUGUGUUUAAUUGAAUUUGUGAGAACCUGUUUUAUAUUUGAUAAAUUCACACAUGUAUAUCUGUCUGAUUAAAAACUGAACCGAAUUUGCUUCAGGUAUCUGGGUUAUUCCCAGUCUAGCACACAUUUUCAGCUUGUCUCUUUUCUUCUGCCAUUUAUUUCGCUGAGUGUUGUUUUGCUAAUGGGGUGUGCCUGUAGUACUUGUAAAAUCUUGCUCUGCUGAUUUUAUUUGCCAUAUCCGUAUUGCACAUCUGCAGAGUGGAGACAAGUAACAAAAUAUGAGAUUAAAAAUGUGUUAUUGUGUUGUAGAAUGUAAUUAGUGUAACUUUACAGCUGGUAAAUAGCUGCUAUUGUUCUCUGAAAUUUGGAAAAUCUUAAUGAAACUAACGUACCAUUAAUAUAAAUAUUGGUUACAUUUUGUAAGUAUAUAUUUGAUACUAGUUUCAUUUAAGAAACAGAAUAGCUUAGAUUAGAGGUUUAAAGAGUAAAGGAAAUUGGGAAGUAUUGCUUGAAGUUGGUUUUAAAUAAGUAAGUGAUGUUUGCAAAAAGAUUCUGGGAAAGCUAAUAGAGGCUGUUCAGUUACCAAAGAUUGAAAACUGUCUUUCAUAAAUAAGGCACAACUUUGUGGUUCUCAAGCUAUUUGUGGGUGAUACAGACUGGAAGUUUCACGGAAAUUUGAUUGCAUUUGGUAGGCUUCAUGUUCAGUUUUUGAAUACGUCGUAGAGCAGGUUUUCCUUCUAAACAUUAGUCCUGGUAUUGAAUAACAGGUGUUGUAGAACACCACAGCUCUCUGAAAUUGUGAUUAAGCAGACAUUUGUAUAACGAUCCCUUUGGGGGGAGAAGGGGAGAAACUUCAGCAUUACACAUUAUAACAAAGCUCUUCGCAGAGUGUGGGAAAUAUUUUUGCGUCUGUCAGGUUUGUCUUUCCUUUCUUGAUUGAUUCUCAAACAGAAUGUGUUCAGAAAAUGUAACUUAAAAAGCUCAUUAAGUAAAAUUGUACUGCCUCCACUACUUCAGUUCUGUACCUGUAACAAAUCUAUGUUCAUGGAUGUGGAGACCAUUUUGUUGUUGAUUUUUUGGGCUCGGGAAGGUGACACACUAGGAGUACCCAGCAGAAGUGAUAAAUUAUCUCAUGUACUGCAGUAUUCUUGCCACUAAUUGUUCCUUGAAUAAAGUCAGGCUAUGACAUAUUCUUCUGUCAGAACUCUCCAUACAAUCUCAGGGGAUGUAUCUUCUACAAAAGCUGUUAUUCAGAAGAGUGUACUGGUCACAGGUAGUCAUCCAAUUUUCUGUGGUUCCAGUUUAUAAUGAGACUUAGCAUGCAUUCCAUGCCAUGACACGUGUAAUUUAGACACUUUCAAUGUUUGAAGCUUAAUGUUGUCAAAAAAAAAAAAAAUUGCAGGCUUGCUACAGUAUACAAAGGGGUCAAAUAAUUUGACAUAUUUAACUCUUAUAUGGAGAUAUAGAGGCAACUUGUUCUUUUUCAUUUUGAAAUAGAGCAACUCUUCAAAGAUAAAAAUGAUUAUAUAUUGCAGAGUGGUGCCAAGUGUGGUCCUAACUGUGGCAGGAAGUUAGCUGGACCGCAUGUCAAAAUAUAGUUGCAUUAAAACGUGUUUCUGCAUUGUUGUUGCCGGCCGCUGUGGCCGAGCGGUUCUAGGCGCUUCAGUCUGGAACCAUGCGACCGCUACGGUCGUAGGUUCAAAUCCUGCCUCGGGCAUACAUGUGUGUGAUGUCCUGCACUGUUGUUUGGUAGUUUUAGCAUAGAAAUAUACAACAGAAAAUGUGACUGCUAGCUGUUAAUUUAAAAUGUAAGAGAUCAGUGCUAACAGUAAAAAUGAUGAAAUAAACAUCUGAGGGGUUAAGAUGUCAAAAAUGUUAAGAGUAAUUUCUGUUAGGUCUUAUCCUGUACAUUCAAUACACAGCUACAUGAAAAAAAAAUUUUUUUCAUGUUGUUACCAGAUCAGCUUUAUUAAUAUCCUUUCUUUAAAAAAGAAAGUUUAAAUUUCUGCUGUAGGUAAGUUGAUUGAAAAGCAGUCAAACAUUUUAUUGAAGUGUGUCAAAAGUCUUGUUACACACAGUCAGACAUAAACUAAAUUAGUAUGGGGCAAAGUGCAUGCAAGUAGUCAUUAUUUGUGGCUGAGCAAGUGGAAUGUAGUUCCAGGUUCGCUGAUGAUCAUGAUAUUGCACUGGAAACAUGAGAAGCAGAAGUCACUUUUGUAUUCUGGUACCAGUGUCUUCAGUGAUCAUUUGAAAAAUUCAUGACACUGCUCUACUUGGAACAAUAGCAAUGUAUACCUCGUUUCUACCCCAAUCUCUUUCUUAGAUGUAAACAUGAUGCUGGUACUUUCACCUGGAUUACAGUUUGCUUGUCAUAUAACAGCAGUCAAUGUUCCUCAGUGAAACUCUUCCCCAAAAAAAUGUGGGAAAUUUAUGAACUGAAAAGAGAAGGGUACAGUUGCAGUGCAAUUUGGGAACUUCACCAACCAAAUGUUGUCCCUCAAACUGCUCAGUUAGUUAACCAUAUAUGAAAUUAGUUUACAGCUUGUUUUUGGGUAACCACCUGUAAGACUUUUGGCUGUCAUUUGUUUAAGGAAAAAUGUGUGUAGGUAUGAUAUAUUACCAGAAAACUGUAGUGUGUACUUAAACAUUCAGUAGUGCUACCCCUCUCUCUCUCUCUCUCUCUCUCUCUCUCUCUGUCUCUCUGAUUUACAUAUCAGCAUAUAAGAGCAAAUUCAGUAGAAGGUUUAAGCUUUGGCAGCUUAGCAAAGAAGACUGAUUUCUGCAGUAUUUACCAGUCACACACACCAUUCUGUUUGACUGUUUUGGGAUGAAGUAAAGAAAAGGUUUUGGAAAGAGACUGAGAAAGUUGUCAGUGUAGGGGAAUAGAAUUUAUAUCCCUUAUCCUGUACAACUUUUUAUUUGAUAUGGUCUUAUCUUAUCUUAGCCAGAAAGAAUGAUUUCACAGUUUCUGAUAUGGGAACUUCGAGUGGAAUUUUCAUAACUUUACACCAAAGUACUUUGCAUUUAACUCUAUAGAGUAUAUUCUAGAUGUUAAUAGUUAUUAUUUGUGUUAAAAAUAUUUUUGUAACACAUUUUCAUAUGAGACAAGGCUAGUUGUAUAAGUAAGUAGGUGAGCCAAAGAAAAUGCCAGAGGUAAUAUCUUCUGGAAGGAGUCUGUGAUUGUGUAGUGAAAAGGGAAAUGUAGGUAUGUGAAGUGUGUUUCUGUGGGUAAUGUUUGGGACUGAUUGUCAUGGAAUUUGUACUACCAUAUGAAAAUGUAAUGUAAUAGCCACAUCUAAAGCUUGUAUAGGAAUUGAGAUGUGUGCAGUAAUGUGUAAAUACAUUAAACAAUGUACCUGUGAGUAGUGGUUACGUCCAUAUCUGUUCAGUUUGGUUGCUGUAGUGUAUUCAAAUUGUCUGUUAGUAUAGUUGGGUACACCAGGCAUAGGAUGUUCAAAUCAUCUUCAUUUUGUACAGGAGUACAUGGAAAAAUACUGUAGUGUGUUCCUCACAAAAGAAUGUCUCAGUUGCAAACUGCUGGUUUUCAAGCUACAAGUCAUCUGCCCAGGUGUUUGUUUUCUGCUGUAAAAACAAAAUUUAUUGGGAUGUCAUUACCUAUAGUUUUUGCCAUGUGGCAGCAUUAUGUCCCUUUUUGAGUGCACACUGCUGCAGUCAGUGCAGAGUUGUAAGACACCAAAUAUCAAAUGUUUCAGUACCUGCACAUUUCUUUGGACGAUGAAUACUUCAUUUGCUGUGCAUACAUGUUCAUACUGACACUAAAUCAGGUCACAUACCUCCCCACAAUAAUUACUGAGAACACGGUUAUAUUAGUCUGGAUUUACAAUUAUAAUUCCACUUCAAGUAGACUUAAACAGUAAAUUAGGACAUGAAGUUGCAAGUAGAAAAUUAUAAUUCGUGUGUGCAUCACAUUAAGGUGCUUAAUUCAAACAGUUGUACUUGAAUAACUUACGUGCACAAAUCCUAACAUUGUAUUCUUAAUUCCAACAUUCCAUUUUUUUAAUGCAAUGGUGACAAGUUUGCUCAUGGAUAUGAAUUAAUGAAACAAAUUUAUAUAUGUGUUGUAAAAUUUGUGUGAGGGUAAUUACUUUGUGUAAAGUGGUCCACAAUCUUUGUAAAUGCUUGUAAUAUGAAGAGGAAACAUUGCCAUGUUAGAAAUAUUUGCUUCUGAGCGACACAAAAUGUGUGUUGCAUGCUUUUGGCAAUCAUGUUUUGACACUUUCUGUAUGUCAUAGUUCCAGGUGUUUCAAAGAUAUGCUUUACAGUAGUUGGCAAUGCAGUGUCACAGCUGUCUAUUUUUCAUAACCAUGUACUUGUGGUAAAUGCAGUCAUUUUCUCAGUGUGUCAUUAAUGCUUAAUUAAAAAUAAAUCAAUGGAAAAAAAUCUUACAUCUUUCA